UGCGUACACACAAAGUGUCGUCUCAUCUCCAUGGCAACACUACAACAACUUUUGUACUGACCAAACACAAUUAGGGGAUGUAAUAUCAAACACAUGAACUUGUCAGAGAUUUUUUUUUUGUUUAGCUUCAUAAUUAUAAUUUCUGCCCUGAUCUAAACUACUUAAUUAGGAAAUUAUAUUAUAAAGUUCAUUAUAAAAUUUAUUAUUUUAUCGUUUUAGAUUUGUAAAAUUAAUCAUCAAUAUAUAAAAUAACAGAUUGAGUUUUUAGCAAAAUGUCACAGGAACACUUAGAGGCAACAGAUGAAUUACUGGAAGAAGAACUGGUUGAAGAAGAUCCAGAAGUAGGAAUAGAAGAUGUAAAAGAACCAGGAGCAGAUGAGGGAGAAGAAGACGAAGAAGAUGUAGACAUCGGAGCAGAGGAUGUGUUGCUUUACAAUGAAGACCUGCCAGAGACUCGUCCCAACCUGAUCGACCCAAUAAAUGCAAUGUUAAAUACAAACCUGCCCGGUUCAGUAUCUUCUUCGAGAGGAUCCAGAAUUUUUGCUGAACAAACAUAUCUGACCGGUAAAGAAGAACAAGACCUGCGCAAUGCCAAAGCAUUCCUUUUGACCGCAAGUACAAAAACUGGAGAAAAUCUAUAUGAUCAUUUAUGCGAUGUCCUCACUGAAAUAAUAUCUGAAAGACAUAUCGAUGCUGUUGAUAGUUUUGAAGAUAUUAGCAAAGAUAUCAAGAAAUAUAGAUUUCAACCAAUAAAAGACACACUCCAAGAUAUGGCCGACCCAUCACUGGAAAUGGCUCUGGCCAAAAUCGAAACUAAGCUACUUGUGAAAAUAGACGAUGACUUAGAUGAACGUGAAGAGGAAGUUGAGUCGCCUCUGCCCAACGUCAUGGAAACCGCUUUCUACUUUGAACAAGGCGGAAUCGGAAUUGGCAGGGAAGAACUAUUCCGUGUUUGGAUAGCAAUGAAGCAUUUGGUCGACAGCAACCCGGUCCAGCAAGUGAGAUUCUGGGGUAAAAUAUUGGGCACAGAACAAAACUAUUACGUUGUGGAAACUGAGUACCGUGAAGGAGACCAAGCUGAAGAAGAAGAGGAUGAUGAGGGUGAACCAGAAGUCGUGGAAGCACCAAAAGAGGCUGCUGAAGAAGUUGAAGACGAAGAAGCAGUCAUGGAAGAAAGAGUACCCAAAAUUGACUACAAGCCACCUCCAAUUAUACCAAAAGAAGAGAAAGGAAGUGGCACCAAUAAGAAGACAUAUUUUGUCUGCAAUGAGCCUGGGAAACCCUGGAUACGUUUGCCUUUAGUGACCCCAAUACAGAUUGUAAUUGCCAGACAGAUCAAGAAAUAUUUUACUGGAAGAUUAGAUGCCCCAAUAAUCACAUAUCCUCCAUUUCCUGGUAAUGAAAUGAACUACCUUCGAACUCAAAUAGCACGCAUCAGUGCUGGCACCCAGGCCUCAAUGAUGGGGUUCUAUCAAUUUGAUGAGGAAGAGGAAGAGGAAGAAGAAGGCGAGGUACGAGACACUUACAUCGAAAACAUUGACUUUGAUGGACUCACAAUGAGGGAACUGUGUGAAUCCUUAAGUAACUGGGUCCAUCAUACCUUGCACAUUUUACCGCAGGGGCGAUGUAAGUGGUUCAAUGCAACCGCCAAAACUGAGGAAGAGGUUGAAGAAGAUGAAGAAGAAGAACGAGAAGAAAUGGAAGAACCGCAGCCUGAAAUUGGUCCACCUCUAUUAACUCCACUCUCUGAAGACAUUAGUCUAAGUGGAAUAAUACCUUGGACAUUAUCUGCAUCAUCAUCAAUUAUCCCACAGUAUGCUGUAGCUGUAUUACAAUCCAACUUAUGGCCCGGUGCCUAUACUUUUUCCACAAGUAGGAGAUUUGAAAAUAUUUACAUUGGCUGGGGUCACAAGGCAGCGGCUGAAAACUACACCCCACCUCUAAUACCAGCCCCAAUGGAUGAAUACUUAGACGGGCCGGAAGUGAUUGAGAUUGAUGACCCAACUCCAGAGCAAGAAGCUGCCUUGAGAGCUGAGCAGCAGGCCAAUGCCGCAGCUGAAGAAGAAUUAGAAGAAGAGGAGGAAGAGGAAGAAGAAGAGGCUUAAAACUUCAAACAAAACUUUAGAUGUCCCAGAACUAUUUAUUUUCCUAGUUUCAAUAAAUUAUAUGUUUGGCGAAUUUACAGGUGUGAAACAAUUCUAUAACAACUGUCUCUUAAUAAAAUCACGAUAGCCAUAUCAAACA